AUGGAUACCAGCAGUGUGUCUGCGUUGUGGUACAGGAGGUCAAAACCUCAGGGAAAGUUAAGACGAAGGGUUCAAGAUCUCCGCAUCCCUUCCUCCUGUUACAGUGACUUUAUCGCCGUCAGACCUGUGCUGGACCUGAGUCACAACGAGAGCGUCCGGCUGGCGGUGGACAGCCUGCUAAGCUUGGGCUUACAGGGAUACCAGGAGGUGUUAAAGGCAGAGGGAGAAGCUGACUUUCUUUCAGAGCUGGAGAAGGAUUACAUCCUGAGAAAUGGAAAAGAGGGAAAUGCAGCUAGUCCUGGUGAGUCUGAUGGGGAUGACGACACAGUGUUAGAGGGCUUGUCAACUGGCUCCCAGUCUGCCACACAGUGCCCUGCAGUGGCCACAGGCCACGGUCAGGGUUUAGGACAAAGGAGCGUCAGAGCUGGUGUCCGGGAUGAGCCCAAUGCUGAGGUUUAUUUCCAGUCUGAUGGUAGAGGAGGAGCUGGUAUGAAGGACCUGGUCAGAGAGUUCAUCAGGAAGGCUACACUGGCCCUUGCCAUUGUGAUGGACAGCUUCACUGACGUGGAGCUGCUCUGUGAUCUGCUGGAGGCCAGCAGGAAGAGGAACGUGUCUGUUCACCUGCUGUUGGAUCACUCGAGCCUGAACCUGUUUGUCACCAUGUGGCAGGACCUCAAACUCAACAGCAAAGACUUCCCUAAACUGUCCGUCCGCAGCGUCGAUGGACAGACCUACUGUGCCAAGACAGGCAGGAAGCUGACAGGUCAGGUCGCUGAGAGUUUUAUCAUCACUGACUGGACCGAGGCGCUGGCUGGUUCAUACAGUUUUUCCUGGCUGUCAUGGCAGGUCCAUCGAAGUCUUGCUGUUCUUGUAAAGGGCAGCGAAGUCACACCUUUCCAUCAGGAAUUCCACAGACUCUACUCCAGCUCCAAACCAGUGCCGGGCUUUGUCACAUUUAUCUCAGAGUCUCUCCCUCUUUUCAUCACAUCACAUGCAACUCAGAAUGAUAACACUGAUAAGAAUAUAUCCAAGUCCCGCCAGGCAAACACAGUGUGCCACUGGGUUCUGACUGGAGAUGCUUCAAAGACCAAGACAACUGAAAAAAUGACACUUUUAUCAAACUCAAAGAGCCCAGAGUGCAACAGAGGAGAUAACUUGCCUUUACAACAGGCAGUUACAGGUACACAAACACACUCAAAACCUCCAGCUCUGUAUCCAGAACACUUGGGAAAUCCUUGUAGAAAAACACAUGAGGAACCUCUGGAGAAGAAUAGAAACCAGCUACAGGGUCAUUCAGAAACUAUCGGUCAGACCCAGGUCUCAUACUUUCAGUCUCAGUCUGCCGGCCUUACCAUCACCUCCGCAGCUGGAAGGAAUGCAAAGGUUCAACAGUCAGGCCUUUUUCAUGCUGGUAACCCCACACACAGACAGCAAAGGAACAGCACUUAUCAAUGUACUUUGAUGGAGAAUUCCAAUCUUGAUCGUGACAACCCUGUUACCGGAGGACUUCUAGCUCAGCAGAGGAAUAGAAACAGACUGACCAGGCCUUCAGGGACAACUGCAGGUCCCAGCACACAAACAGCACAAUGGAACUUCUCACCCAACCCCAAACAAAAGAUGGAACAUAAAUCUGAUAAUCCCAAACUACAGUCUCCUCCUACAUCACAGCAAAAACAAGCAAAGACAGACCCUCAGUUCCUUUUGAAUCUUUCAAGAGGACACACAUCUGGAACCAGGAGGCAAUAUCAGCACCAGAGUCAGCACCAACCCCCAAAUCAUUCACACCAACCACCUGAACCCACACGUUCAAAGUUUACAUUAAUAACUGCGGGAAAUCGGCUCCAGACACACCCAGAUCUGCUCUCACCAGGGACAGGAGCCAAGCUGAACCUACAGCCCCAUGCCUCCCAGCAGGAGAAGCCCCCACCCAGGCUAAACUGGCUGCUCCAGAUUCACACCGCAAGACCCAGGCCAGUGGCCCGAACCAGCUCCUUCGACACCACCUAUUGGACGGGACAGAAGAGGGUGGGACAGCCGGGCUGGAGGCCAGCUCCUGCUGACAUGAACGCAUUACUUAGAAGAAGCAGGAGCUUGACUGAGAGACGCACAUCAGGAUUAAAAGGAACAGGACUGGAUCCAAACAUGACCAGGACUUGACAAAUACACACACACACACACACCCCAACGAACGCAAGAUAUUGUUUUACAGGUCAGUGCAAAAGUGUAUCGACAUUCUGUAUAGCUUAUGAAAUAUUAUACUUUUGUGUGUAGCAUUAUACAGUUUUGUACAAAAAUAGAAAAGCUUUAAUUAUGCAUCAAUCAAUUACUUUGGUUUGCUUAAUAUUUAAUCUACAAGGCCGGGGAAAUGUUUUCAUUGGAGAUUCUAAAAAUAAAAAAAUUAUAUUCAAAUGGAUUUUACUUGUAUUUGAAAUCUUUGCUCUCUUUAUAGGUGUUUCAGUUCUCAGGUAAUUUGACUUCGGGAGCUACUGUAAGUUUCUCAACACCCGAAAUAACUCCACUAUCCUUAGAUGGGAGGUGUUAUCCAGCAACCAAGUUACAACUUAAAUGGUUGUGUUAAAUCUUUAUAAUAGUCUCUGAUCGGUAUAAAUUUACUUUAAUAUUUCAGCUACAAUGUUUUUCAAGCAUUUAGACAUUCAAACUAUCAAAAUGACAAUGUUUCCUAUCUCAAUGCCAGAGUCCCUGUCAUGAGUCAAAUUUCACACAGUAUGAAAUGGAUGUAUGUAUGUCUUGGUUGUUUGGUGCUGAAGAAUCUCCCAGUGCAAUUCAAUUUUCAUCAAGAAUCAUGUAACAUUUUUAUUGUGAUUUAUAUUGUGCUAUUGUUUUUUUUAUUAUUAAAAGCUAAUAUUUGACCUUAAGUAGUGACUUCCUAGCCUAGUGACUUCCAGUAAUAGUGCAGUGUCCCUUCUAAACCUGUUUGUGUGCAAUGUUCUGUUGUCUUGUCCCGUGUUAAAGCUCUGGACCUACCUCAGAACUAUUCCUUGUUAUAAG